AUGCCAGGCUCAAAGUUCACCACCGAAGACCCCUUCACCUACCACACCAGCCUCAAUUCCUACCAUGAGUAUACUCUCGCCUCUUCACGCCAUCCACGCAGAUAUACAGAAUCUACCAUAGCCAGAUCAGAGGCGCUAAAAGAUGCCCUCCCACACCCCCAAAGCCUUCCCCAACGGCACCCCCUAGGCCUCUACCCCGAGCGCAUCAGCGGGACGUCCUUUACCGCAAAGCGCGCUGUCAACAAGCAGACAUUCCUGUACCGGAUUCUACCCUCAACCGCACAGUCAUCAUGGACGAAGAUGCCCGAGCAUCCGCUCAACCACCGCCCGCACUCAGCAGCUCUCAACUUUGUCCCGGACCAGCUUAUAUGGCCGCCUGCUGAGAUCCAGGAAGACAAGACAUUCCUCGACGGACUUCAGAUGAUUGGAGGUGCUGGAGAUCCCACAACCAAGAACGGCGUCGCGUAUUACGUCUAUACGUGCGGCAUUGGCAUGGACGAGAAGCAGGCGUUCUACUCAGCGGACGGGGACAUGCUCGUCGUUCCGCAGACGGGCGUGCUCGAUAUUCAGACUGAGAUGGGAUUUAUCCGGGUUCGCCCACGCGAGAUAUGUGUCGUGCCUAGGGGUAUCCGGUACCGGGUUUCUUUGCCUGAUGGCCGGUCUCGCGGACAUGUUAUCGAGGCGUACUCCGGGCACUUCGAUCUCCCUGAGCUUGGGCCCAUUGGGACCUUGGGGCUGGCGAAUGUGAGGGAUUUUGAGAUUCCAAGGGCAUAUUAUAUCGACACCGAAGAGGUCACGGAGGUCAUUGCAAAGUUUGGCGGCGGCAUCUUUAAGACUCAUAUUAAGGGAAGCGCGUUUAGUGCCGUGGCGUGGCAUGGGACGUAUUAUCCGUUCAAGUAUGACUUAGGCAAAUUCAUGCCCAUCGGCUCAACACUCUACGACCACCAAGAUCCCUCAAUCUACACCGUCCUCACCUGCCCCUCCGACAAGCCCGACCACGCAGCGGUUGAUUUCCUCGUCCUCGGUCCGCGCUGGAUGGUCAUGGAAGACACAUUCCGGAUCCCGUACUUCCACCGCAACACCAUGUCCGAGUUCUCGUCCGUGAUCAGCGGGGGUUUUGAUUUAUCCCGUGUCCCUCCAGCUAUGUACGGAAUGAGCGGGCUGCAUAAUUUCCUUAGCCCGCAUGGGCUGUCGGCGGCUGAAACGGAGAAUGCUAUGCAGAAGACCCUAAAGCCGGAGCGAGUGCCGGAUGAUACGAUGGCGUUCUUGGUGGAGAGCUGCUACCCUAUUGGACUGACGGACUGGGCGUAUGGGAAUUCUAUCAAGAUCACCGGUGGUGAUGAUUUUGGUGGAUUCAAGAGGCUGUUCAAGCCUAAGAUAUAA